AAAACCCUUCCCCGGAAUGUCUACUCCACCGCCCGCCGUUGUGUGACCUCAAGCGCCACACCUCUUCAGCGUUCCUGACUUCCAUCUCUAUCGGUUCGUUUUCUUCUGAAAACCCCGAUCGCCUACACCAACAUAUCGUAGGGAGGAUGCUUCGUCACAGGCCUGCAAAAAAAAAAGGAAGAGAGGGGUUUGAGGAGGAGGGCGACUGAUCAUAUGGAUUCAGAAGACGAUAUGCUCGAUGCCCACGAUAUGUAUGCUGGUGAUGAUGAUUAUUACAGCGGCGGGACCGAUGACGACAACAACGAUAGUGAUGAUGAUGUUGAUGAUUACAACGGCUUAUUCGAGGAAUCCGUGGACGGCUCCGCCAUGAUCGCCUCCGUUCGCUCUCAGAUAAAUUAUGCUGUUCUCAAGGAAGGAGAUAUUCGUAGACAUCAGAAUGAUGAUAUUGGACAAGUUUCCAUGAUCCUCUCUUUAAGCUAUGUUGAAGCGAGCAUUUUGCUUCUUCACUGGUAAAUUCCCUUGACAUAUACUGUGUGCUUUUGUUAUAAAUCUUGCUGUUUCCUCUGUGUUUUUGAUUAUUAUAGGAUAUUGUUUAUCCUCGAAUUGUUUCAAAACGACCUCUCUUCCUCGAAUUUGUUUUUGAUCUGCUUUAUUAAAUGGACUAUUUAUGUUCUUUGUGAACAUAUAUUGAUGUCCAAACUAGUGGGUUUUCUCUAGAACUAUUUUAUUUGUUUUCCAGUUCUCCUUCUUUUCAA